UCUGCUUACUCUUUCCCCCCUCUCUCCCCCACUAUCCACCCCUCUCCCUCCCUCCUUUCCGCCUCUGCUGGCGCCGAAAGUGUUUCACUUCACGUUGCAGUUUGUUUCAAGAUUGCAACUUUUUGCCAGCGACUGCUCCUGUGCUGCCUCUCGAGUCAGUCCCAGUGCAAGAGGCACUACCACCACCCCCCUCUCAACCUCGCCAGUCCUGCACCGCCAGACACUCACUCUCGGGGGGGGGGGGCUUUUGCUCCCCUCCCCUCCUUGUUUUAAACUUGUUACAAAACAACCACCUCCAAAAGUUGCAGGUGUAAACUGGAAAAGUAAGGACAUUUGGAGGCAGGAGCAGUUUACUAGUCACAGUUGGUGAGUUCCCAAAGGUAAAUAUUCCAUCGGCGCAAGAAAAGGAAGCUGCUCGCAGGAACGGAAGUUGUUGAUAUUUCCUGGCGUUUCUAACAGUCUAAUCGGGCUGAUUUUCUGAGCAGUUUCGACUGACAUUGAUUGCCGCUCACGGCAAUGUUUGGGAGAAUGACUGGGCCGUGGGUAACGAGAGCUGUAUUUCCCAUGUGGCUCUGUUUACUGGCUGUGUGUCGAUCUAUCCCGACUCUGCACGACCGAGAUAAACUGAUGACAUUGGAACAGUUCGAGUUUACGGGCGGCAAUCUGCUGUCGACGGAGAAAGAAAUCAGAGUUAACGAUAUACUCAUGAAAAUAAAACGAGAGGAAGUUGCCGAGGGAAUGGAAACUGGUAAAUUCCCACCCGCCAUGCACUUUUUCAGAGCCAAGCAACUGAUUGAGCAGAGCAGAGUUUUUGACAUCUUAAGGAAGAUGCCGAAAGGUGCGGCGCUACACCUGCACGACUACGCCUUGCUGAAUGCGGAGUGGCUGGUGAAGAAUGCAACAUACCUGCCCAAUUGCUACAUUUGCUUCGGGGCUGCUGGAGGGACCAGAUUUCAUUUCUCUCUCCGAAGCCCACAGAAAACACCGGCCAAGUGCUCGCAAUGGGCCUUGCUUGAGAAAUAUCGACGGCAACUUAAAAACAUCACUGAAUUUGAUAACAGUCUGUACAGAAACCUGACACUGGUAACUGAAAACCCAGAGGAAGCAUACCCGUCGCAAAAUGUGAUUUGGGGAAGAUUUGAAGACUCAUUUAAAGCUGCUUCCGAUCUCAUUUCCUACGCCCCAGUGUUUAAGACCUACUUUUAUGAGGCUUUGAGGGAGUUCCUUCGUGACAAUGUACUCUACAUAGAGUUUCGGGCCUUGCUGCACCCGGUGUAUGAACUCAAUGGGACUCUGCAUGACAAGGAAUGGUCCAUUCUGGCCUACCAGGAGGUUACCACACAAUUCCAACGUGAUUAUCCUGACUUUAUGGGAGCCAAAGUCAUAUUUUCAGUACCGAGGAAAAUAAACAAUUCUGAAAUGAAAACUGCAAUGUACGAGGCCAUGAAAUUGCACACAAAAUUCCCAGAGACCAUAGUGGGGUUUGACAUGGUUGGCCAAGAAGACGCUGGCCACCCACUGUGGUAUUUCAAGAACGAGCUGUUAAUUCCAACCGAAGCAGGGGUCAGCCUGCCUUUCUUCUUUCACGCUGGGGAGACUGACUUUGAAGGUACAAGUGUAGAUGAAAAUGUCUUGGAUGCCUUGCUGCUGAACACAAGUCGAAUAGGCCACGGCUACAGCAUAAACAAACACCCGACCGCAAGGCGGAUUUCCAGAGAGUUCAACGUGCCCUUGGAGGUCUGCCCAAUAUCAAACCAGGUGCUGCUGCUGGUGACCGACCUGCGCAACCACCCAGCAGCAGGCCUGAUGGCAGACGGUCACCCCAUGGUCAUCAGUGCCGAUGAUCCAGCGAUGUUUGGCGCUCGUGGUUUAUCGUACGACUUCUACGAGGCUUUUAUGGGAAUAGGAGGCUUGAAGGCGGAACUGACUACACUGAAGCAGUUGGCUCUGAGCUCCAUCAAGUACAGUGCUAUGUCUGUGGAGAUGAAGGAGGAGAGCAUCAAGCUCUGGCUGAGAAAGUGGGAUGAGUUUUUGGACAAAGUUCUCAACAUGUCCAUGUGGGACGAGCUGUGAGAAGAUCAAGUUACUGGCCCCUUGACCUCUGUGUUUUGUGAAAUAUUCUGAUCUCAGGAAGAUUGUGACUGUUUUUAAUUAAUAUUAAAAGGGGAAAUUCCAGCAAUCUCUUUGCCUCUUGUACACCA